AUGUAGUCUUUUCUUGAAACAGGUGCGUCCGUGAGUCGGGCCAUGGGUGCGAAGCGGCGGUGAUGGGCAACAAGUUGAGCUGCUCUUGCGCCCCCCUCAUCCGCAAGGCCUACCGAUACGAGGACUCGCCGUGGAACAACUCCCGCAGGAGAGACGGACACCUGCUCAGUUCCAACAGGCUCUGGGCGGAGGUUUUCCACGUGAGUUCGGCGUCGGGAGUAUCGGCACGAUGGCAGCAGGUGUCCGAAGAUCUGGUGCCGGUCAACAUCACCUGUGUCCAGGACACUCCCGACUGCAUAUUCCACAUCACCGCCUACAACUCGCAGGUCGAAAAGAUCUUGGACGUCAGACUACGACAGCCAGGUACACGACUGGGGCAGGCCUCAGAAUGCUUCGUGUACUGGAAAGACCCAACGACCGGCGACACAUGGGGGCUCAACUUCACUUCUCCUGUCGACGCCAAGCAGUUCCGAGAUUGCUGCCAACUGAAGGCGAGGCCUGGAAAGCGCGCGCCCCAGUCGACGCCGAGUUCCCCCUCCAAGGGCGCCCCGAGGGAGCCCAGGUGUACAUGUGCCAUGACCAUCGAACAAAUGCAGCGGGCCCGCGACGGGCGCAUGCGGGCCGCGGCCACCCUGCCUCGUAGCCAGAGCCGGCCCGGCGAGGCUUCCUACGGCCGGCUCUCGUCCCACCCUUCCAGCCAGUCUGUCUACGACAACGUCUCCCAGUCCUUGCGAAAGUCCACCCCGAUCCCCAAUGCCGUGAAGCAAACUCGCAGCGACGUCAACCUCACUACCAUAGGUCAGUUGGAGACUGGCUCUUUUUCCAGAACAGAGUUGGCGCGUGCAAAGUUUGCAGCUCAAUCUGCUCGGGGUGCAGAAGAUGCCAAAAGUGUGGACUACGGAAUGGGCAUGGGCGCCAUGAUACGGAAGGGCUCCAGUCAGGAGAUUCAGGAGGCACCACUGAAGAGUAAAAGCAGCGACAAUAUCAGUGGCAAAACGACGCCGACCGUAUCAGCCAAAAACACAGGUAGCCUGGACAGUACCACCGCCAAGCGAGUGCUCAGCGGACAGUCGUCUGAAGAUAAGCCCGCGCCCCCCAAACCCCCGCCCAAACCUUCCUCGCAGAAGCCGGAACCGCCACCAAAGACGUCGUCGUCCCAUUCCAGGGGUGGAUCCAAAAGCUCAAGAGGUGGGCCCUCUUCUGGCCCCUCCUCAUCUAAGACCGCCUCAAAAGAAGCCAAGUCGUCGUCGUUACCGAAUAAGGGGGCAGGCUCCAGCAAGCAAGGAAGCGGGAAAUCGUCGAAGAAGAAAGGACAGUCCGGCAGCAAGAAAUCCGGCACCGUUGGACUGGACAUUCCGGACAGGGAGCGAUCCCCGCCGUCGGACAACCUGUUGUAUGAUAAUUUAUGUUAUGCCACCACUCCUAGCUCCAGCAACGAUAACAGCGAUGUCCCUUUCCUGAGUUCGGACGAGGAGGAAGUGGAGCCCGCCAAGCCCAAGUCCGACAAGAGGAGGAUGGAGGGCAGGGCGACCGGGAAUGCCUUCAAAAGGGGGGUGAACACCCCCUCAGCCAACAGCCCGACUAGCAAAUUGCUCAUGGAAUAUGAGACGCACUUGCGGAACGCGCUAGCGCGCGGUCUGGAUGCAGAGAGCUAUAGUCUCCACACCUUUGAAGCUUUGUUGACGCAGAGUAUGGAGAAUGUAGUUGCGCUGAUGAGGGAAGUGCACAAUGAGCUAGAAGAGGUUAGAAAGGAAGAGCAGGCUCUACAGACUCACGAUGAACCAGAAGGAAGCAGGGCCUUUGCGAACGCAAGGUGUACGACCAGUGGUCCCAAGACUAGUACCUUCCCUCUGCCCGGAUCAACCCGUCAGCCGCCCCACCUGGCGGCGCGGGGCGGCGACACGGGGACCCCCCUUCUGUCCAGGACGUCCAUGGAGAGCACGGAUUCUCGCAUCUAUCUUACGUCAUCGGAGAUGUCCGACGACGACCGCCUGUCCCUGACUACCGCCGUGAGCGACGAAGAGGAGGCGGGCGCCGCCGACCCGCGGGCCGGAGCGUACGGUGCCGGAGCAGCCUAUGGUGGUGGCGGCGGCGGCGGCGGCAGGUCUCGGUCCGGCGCCGCCGCCGCCUCUUUCAACUGCACGGGAGCUGUCAGGAAAGCAGGAUUUCUGAGCGUGAAGAAGUGGCUCCUCCGCAAACGUCAGCAGGUGGAAUUGGCCCGGAAGCGCGGCUGGAAAGGAUACUGGGUGUGUCUGAAGGGGACGACCCUCCUCUUCUACCCGUGCGAAAGUCGGGAGGGACGGGCCAUCGACACCACGCCCAAGCACCUGAUCAUCGUGGACGGGGCAGUCAUGCAGCCCAUUCCAGAACAUCCGAAAAGGGACUUCAUCUUCUGCCUGAGCACCGCCUUUGGAGAUGCCUACCUUUUCCAGGCCCCGUGCCAGGUUGAGUUGGAGAACUGGAUUCACAGCAUCCACAGCGCAUGCGCGGCAGCUUUCGCACGCCAUCGAGGCAAGACGGGCACUCUACAUCUCUUACAGGAGGAAAUAUUCAGGCUGGAGAAAGACAUUGAGUCGGACUCCCGGAUGAAACACAUGGCAGAGUUGCAGCUGACGGUGGUGGCCGAUUCGGACAGUCGUCAGUCUCUAACAGCUCAGAUCUCCCAGUGGGAGGAGAAUUUGGAACGCCUUCACUGCGGCCAGUUCCGGUUGCGCUGCUACAUGGCCUCUCUGCAAAACUCGGAGUUGCCGAACCCGAAAAGCCUGUUGACGCAUGUGUCCAAGGGGACGAAGGCGACCCUGAAUCGGUUGGGCGUGUUCACGGUCUCCUCCUUCCAUGCCUUCAUAUGUGCCCGAAGCCCCUCCCUGCUGACGAACUUGCUGUCGGGGCGGGGUGCCACCAAACGAAGGCCCCGCCUACACACGCUCUCAAGGUCCAACAGCAGCAAAAGAUCCCUCAGCCUUUCGGCCACUUCGAGCCAAAACUCAGAGCUUCCCACUGUAGUCGGACGGACGGUCAAGGUGCACCUUCCCGAAGGACAGUCGGUUACGGUGUGCGUGCGAGAGAAUAUGACGGUGGAAGACAUCUUAUGGAGCGCCUGCCUCAAGAAGCAGCUGGCUCCUUCUGACCACUUCCUGCGCCUUAGGAGGGAGGGACCCGAUGGCACGGAAGACUACUACACCCCUCAAAGGUCCGAUCUCUUCGACUCACUGUGUUUCACGACGGUGGAGGUGUGCGCCAAGGUGCUCUACCAGGUAGAGCUGCUCCGCUGCAGCCUGGAGUCGCUGUUCGGCUUCAGCGUGGAGGCGGAGCUAGUGGAGAACGCGGAACACCAGGACGAGCUCUGCGUUUACGUCAGCCGGGUGGAAGAAGACAGCCAGGCGGCCGAGCAAGGCCUCCUGAAAGGCGACGAGAUAAUGGUGAUCAACGGCGCCAUCGUCUCCGACCUGGACAUGAUGUACAUAGAGAGCGUGCUCCAGGAGGAGCUGUCCCUCUGUAUGAUGAUGCGGUCGGCGCGAACACAGCCCCCGGAGCCCCUCUGCUGCAGGGUGGCGGCAGACGACUACAUAGAGGCGCUCGUCUGCCCGCCGCCCCCCUCAGACCCCGCCCUCAUCAGCGAAGAGAUGAUCGACAAGCUCAUCGUCCCCUCCCCGCUCUACGGGGAUAUGGACAAAGAGAAAUCUCCGCAGACGUCCGGCAGGCCGACACCGUCGCCCACCCCCAUUCCCUCGCAGGAGGGCACAGGCCAACUGUCCGCCGAACAAAUCGAAACUCUGCUCAAGACUGCCGAGCAGGUGACGGAGUACUGCCGCACCCCCCUCGAGCACCGCCGCCUCUCGAGCCUGUGUGGGGGCGGCAGCAGUAGCGGAUCGGGGGCCUCGUUCGUGGGGGUGGCGGGGGUGUCGGCCCACCCCUCCUCCAGGCAACUCACCGAGGCAGAGAAACUUCGAAAGGUUAUCACGGAGCUGAUCGAGACGGAGAAGACCUACGUCAAGCACAUGAGUGAAGUCGUUGAGUGGUAUGAGGAUGCUAUGCAAAAGAAGUUAUGCUAUCUUUGUGACGGAUGUACCCGCCGCACUGAGCACCUGAAUAGCCUGCUGGAGCACUACCUGGAGCCCAUGAAGAAGGAGACUUUCCUCUCCAACUCGGAGGUGAACGCCCUCUUCAGCAAUAUCCAGGAAAUCGUCCAGUUCCAGAGGGUCUUCUUGCAGAGCCUGGAGGAGGCCAUCGCCUCCGAACCUCAGUUCCACGCCUUCGACCAUCCCGCGCAAUUCAAGAGCGUGCUCUUCUCUUUGGGCAAUUCUUUUCUAUACUAUGCCGAUCAGUUCAAACUGUAUAGUUCCUUUUGUGCUAGUCAUUCCAAAGCCCAGAAAGUGCUCCAUCCGAGCAAAUGUAAAGGGAUGCGCAGCAAGGACCACGUGUGCCCGGGCGGGGGCGGCGAGGGCAACUCUGCGCUCCUCGAGUUCCUGCAGUCUCGGAACCCUCGGGGGCAGCACUCUUUCUCCCUCGAGUCCUACCUCAUCAAGCCGAUCCAGCGGAUCCUCAAGUACCCGCUCCUGCUACAGCAGCUCAAGCACCUCACAGACCCCAACUCGCAGGAGCAUCUACACCUGGCCGAGGCGCUGAAAGGUAUGGAGCGCGUGGCCGAACACAUCAACGAGAUGCAGAGGAUCCACGAAGAAUACGGCGCCAUUUUCGACCACCUGUCGCGGCAACACUACAAAGGAGCCAGGCAGCACGUCGACCUGAGCCCAGGCGAGCUUUUGUACUACGGCGGGGUGGAGUGGCUCAACAUCUCGGAAUUCCUGGGCAAGAUCAAAAAGGGACUCGAGCUGCACGCCAUGUGUUUUGUCUUCAAAGCGGCUGUCGUCUUCCUAUGCAAGGAGAGGAUACGUCAGAAGAAGAAACUCAUGGGCGGCUCCAGCAAGACGGGUGCCACCGAGGUGGAGAUCAUCCGCUACCAGGUGCUGAUUCCCGUUCAGGAGGUGCAAGUGAGGGCAGGGGCGGCCAAGGAGGGCGACUCCCACUUCCUCUGGGAGCUCAUCCACCUACGCUCACAGAUGCAGAGGAGGUCGGAGAAGGUCUACCAGCUCUCCAACAGCACGAGCGAGUUCCGGAACGCCUUCCUCCGCACCAUCCGGCAGAUCAUCCGGGAGAGCGUGCGCAAUAUGACAGUGCCUGUGAACAAGCCCGGGGCGGCGGCGUCCGCCCCUCAGUCCGGCAAACAGCCGUCGGGCCGGCGCUCGGUCGGCCCCGAGGCCAUGUCCCGGACACUGAGCGGCGGGGCCGGAAAGAAGCGGUCCGGCAGCAAGCAGAGGCACUCGGAGGCCUACGACAACCUCGAGCCCCAGAGCUUCCACACGCGCAGCAAGACGGUGGCGGACGGCAUGGACGACAUCGACGACCCCCCCUCCGACCACUCUUCGGCCGAGCACCACCACCACAGCCACCACCAUCGCAAGGCGGACUGCAAGGGCAGCCUGGUGUACGUGCAGGCGGCGCACGACAAGUCCGGCUCGCCCGUCUGGAAGCUGCGCGGGGAGGGAGACAGCAGGGCGGCCACCUUGCCCCACCCACCCAAGUACCAGGACGGUGGCGCCCCCUGCUACAAGAAGGACCACUGCGCCUCCUCGGGGCUGGCCAAGCCCCCUCUCGAAUGUUAA